UCCAUCUGUCCUAAUUAGCUUAUCUCACCCGCUUUUAUAGCAUGCUGGUUAUUUCAGAAAAGAAGUGAGAGCUACUUUGAAAGGACAACCGUUUUUCUUUAUGCUAAUUUAUAAUGGUUUUGAAGUGGUUGUUCAUUCUCAAACAUAGAUUUUUAAAUGUUAGGUCUUUCCUAUAACUCUUUGUUAUUGGAAGUUUCAGGGAUUUGGACACUCAGUUAAGGGUUUUGUCCUCUCCUCAUUCCUUUGGUUUUGGCCCAAAUGAUUAUGUUUCCUUUUUUUGGGAAGAUUUCUUUGGGUAUUUUGAUAUUUGUCCUGAUAGAAGGAGACUUUCCAUCAUUAACAGCACAAACCUACUUAUCUUUAGAGGACAUCCAAGAACCCAAGAGUGCAGUUUCUUUUCCCCUGCCUGAAGAAUCAACAGACCUUUCUCUAGCUACCCCAAAGAAACAGCCUCUGGACCGCAGAGAAACGGAGAGACAGCGGUUACUCAGAAGGCGAAGAUCUAUUCUGUUUCCUGAUGGAGUAAAAAUCUGCCCAGAUGAAAGUGUUGCAGAGGCUGUGGCAAAUCAUGUGAAGUAUUUUAAAGUUCGAGUGUGUCAGGAAGCUGUCUGGGAAGCCUUCAGGACUUUUUGGGAUCGACUUCCUGGACGUGAGGAAUAUCGUUACUGGAUGAAUUUGUGUGAGGAUGGAAUCACAAGUAUAUUUGAAAUGGGCACAAAUUUUAGUGAGUCUGUGGAACAUAGAAGCUUAAUCAUGAAGAAACUGACUUAUGCAAAGGAAACUGUAAGCAGCCCUGAACUGUCUUCUGCAGUUCCUGUUGGUGAUACUUCAACACUGGGAGACGCUGCUCUCAGUGUUCCACAUCCAGGGGUGGACUCCUAUGAAGGUGCCUCAGAGAGCAGCUUGGAAAGGCCAGAGGAGAGUAUUAGCAAUGAAAUUGAGAAUGUGAUAGAAGAAGCCACGAAACCAGCAGCUGAACAGGUUGCAGAAUUCAGUAUCCACCUUUUAGGGAAGCAAUACAGGGAAGAACUACAGGAUUCCUCCAGCUUUCACCACCAGCACCUUGAAGAAGAAUUUAUUUCAGAGGUUGAAAAUGCAUUUACUGGCUUACCAGGCUACAAGGAUAUUCGUGUACUUGAAUUUAGGUCUCCCAAGGAAAAUGACAGUGGCGUAGAUGUUUACUAUGCCGUUACCUUCAAUGGUGAGGCCAUCAGCAAUACCACCUGGGACCUCAUUAGCCUUCACUCCAACAAGGUGGAAAACCACGGCCUUGUGGAACUGGACGAUAAACCCACUGUGGUUUACACAAUCAGUAACUUCAGAGAUUAUAUUGCUGAGACACUGCAGCAGAACUUUUUGCUGGGGAACUCUUCCUUGAAUCCAGAUCCUGACUCCCUGCAGCUUAUCAAUGUGAGAGGAGUUUUGCGUCACCAAACUGAAGAUCUGGUUUGGAACACCCAAAGUUCAAGUCUUCAGGCAACGCCAUCAUCUAUUCUGGAUAAUACCUUUCAAGCUGCAUGGCCCUCAGCAGAUGACUCCAUCAUCAGCAGUAUCCCACCAUUUGAUUUCAGCUCUGGUCCUCCCUCAGCCACUGGCAGGGAACUCUGGUCAGAAAGUCCUUUGGGUGAUUUAGUGUCUACAGACAAAUUAGCCUUUCCCUCGAAGAUGGGCCUCAGCUCUUCCCCAGAGGUUUUAGAGGCUAGCAGCUUGACUCUUCAUUCUGUCACCCCGGCAGUGCUUCAGACUGGCUUGCCUGUGGCUUCUGAGGAAAGGACUUCUGGAACUCACUUGGUAGAAGAUGGAUUAGCCACUGUUGAAGAGUCAGAAGAUUUUCUUUCUAUUGAUUCACUGCCUUCAAGUUCAUUCACUCAACCUGUGCCACAAGAAACAAUACCACCCAUGGAAGACUCUGAUGUGUCCUUAACACCUUCCCCGUAUCUGACCUCUUCUAUACCUUUUGGCUUGGACUCCUUCACCUCCAAAGUCAAAGACCAAUUAGAAGCGAGCCCUUUCCUGCCAGAUGCAUCCAUGGAAACAGAAUCAAUAUUUGAGAGUGGUUUGGGUUCAGGGUCCGGGCAAAAGUGGGAUCUGGUUACUUGGCCAUGGAGUGAGACUUCGUCAGAGAGCACUGAACCACUGUUCAAGCCAUGGCUUGAAGAUGAUGAUUCACUUUUGCCAGCUGAGAUUGAAGACGAGAAGCUAGUUUUAGUUGACAAAAUGGAUUCCACAGAGCAAGUUAGUAAGCACUCAAAAUAUGAACAUGAUGAUAGAUCCACACACUUUCCAGAGGAAGAACCUCCUAGUGGGCCUGCUGUACCCAUCCUCACAGAGACUGCCACUGAAUCUGCAUCUCUAAUUGUCCCCAAGCACAUGUCAGAAGUACCUGGUGUUGAUGAUGAUUCAGUUACCAAGGCACCUCUUCUACAGACACCUGUAGCAAUAUCUACUGAUGAAUCAGACCAGGCGGAUGCCAUCCUAAGGGAGGAUGUGGAACAAACCACCGAGUCAUCCAACUAUGAAUGGCUUGACAGCGAGGUUUCAGUGGUAAAGCCAGACAUGCAACCUUUGUGGACUAUAUUGCCAGAAUCAGAUAGAGUCUGGACAAGAGCUUCUUCCCCGGAGAAAUUGUCCAAGGACACAUUGGCAAGUACACCACAGAGUACUGACAGACUCUGGUUGAAAGCUUCCAUGACACAGUCUACCAAAUUGUCUCCAACCACAAUCUCCACCCUGCUAGAGGAUGAAGUAAUUAUGGGUGUACAGGAUAUUUCAUUAGAACUGGACCGGAUAGGCACAGAUUACUAUCAGCCUGAGCUAGUCCCAGAGCAAAAUGGCAAGGUUGGUAGUUACAUGGAAAUGUCUACAAGUGUUCACUCCACAGACAUGGUUAGUGUGGCUUGGCCCACAGGAGGAGAUGACUUGAGUUAUACCCAGACUUCAGGAGCUUUGGUGGUUUUCUUCAGCCUCCGAGUGACUAACAUGAUGUUUUCAGAAGAUCUGUUUAAUAAAAACUCUUUGGAGUAUAAAGCUCUGGAGCAAAGAUUCUUAGAGUUGCUGGUUCCCUAUCUGCAGUCAAAUCUCACGGGAUUCCAGAACUUAGAAAUCCUCAACUUCAGAAAUGGCAGCAUCGUGGUGAACAGCCGGAUGAAGUUUGCCAGUUCUGUCCCUCCUAACAUCAACAAUGCGGUGUACAUGAUUCUGGAAGACUUUUGUACCACUGCCUACCAUACCAUGAACUUGGCUAUUGAUAAAUACUCUCUUGAUGUGGAAUCAGGUGAUGAAGCCAACCCUUGCAAGUUUCAGGCCUGUAAUGAGUUUUCUGAAUGUCUAGUCAACCCCUGGAGUGGGGAAGCAAAGUGCAGAUGCUUCCCUGGAUACCUGAGUGUGGAGGAACGGCCCUGUCAGAGUCUCUGUGACCUGCAGCCUGACUUCUGCUUGAAUGAUGGAAAGUGCGACAUUAUGCCUGGACACGGGGCCAUUUGUAGGUGCCGGGUGGGUGAGAACUGGUGGUACCGAGGCGAGCACUGUGAGGAGUUUGUGUCCGAGCCCAUGGUCAUAGGCAUCACCAUCGCCUCCGUGGUUGGACUUCUUGUCAUCUUUUCUGCUGUCACCUACUUCUUCAUCAGGAUUCUUCAAGCACACCAUGACAGGAGUGAAAGAGAGAGGCCCUUCAGUGGCUCUAGCAGGCAGCCUGACAGCCUCUCAUCCAUUGAGAAUGCUGUGAAGUACAACCCGGUGUAUGAAAGUCACAGGGCUGGAUGUGAGAAGUAUGAGAGACCCUAUCCUCAGCAUCCUUUCUACAGCUCUGCUAGUGGAGAAAUGAUUGGUGGUCUGAGCAGAGAAGAAAUCAGACAGAUGUAUGAGAGCAGUGAGCUUUCCAGAGAGGAAAUUCAAGAGAGAAUGAGAGUUUUGGAGCUGUAUGCCAAUGAUCCUGAGUUUGCCGCUUUCGUGAGAGAGCAAAAAGUGGAAGAGCUUUAACCAAACUCCUGUUCUGAAACUGAUUCGAAGACUGGAGAAGAUGGAGAUUACUUGUUACUUAUGUCAUAUAAUUAGCCUGGAUUUUGAACACUAUUGGAAGAAGAGUGUUCUAUUAAAAAAAAAAAUGUAGGGCACACUGUGUGUUUUUUUUUUCAGCAUAAGUUUUCAAAAUGUAAUAAGAGAUGUUACCAUUUUUAUUUCAAUGAUGACCGAAAGCUGUGUUUAAAGAAGUUGAAGACUACAAAAAUUCUGGAAAGUAUUCUAUAAGAAAAAGCUGGACCUGGGAGUUAGGGCUGCAGCUGCUGUCUGCUUCUGAAUCAUUGAGGGUAUCUCCUAAGAACUGUGCCUGAAGUUUCUCAAUAGGAAAAUAAGGUGAGAUUCUUACAUGGAGAAGUCAGGCUUAGUAAGGGAAUAUUUUGGAGUAUAUUUGUUAUUGUUGGGUAGAAUGAGGAAAUGUUUGAAGUAGUCUUAAUGUAUGCAUAGUUCAUAGGCAUUCAUCUAAAUAAGAUAUUUUCUUUCUUUUUUUUGAUCAAACUGCUAAAGAAAAAGCAACCUUUUGUGCUGCAGGAUAGAAUUAGGGUUGUAUUUUAUGUUUCUAUCAGUGUUUUGCAUUUCCUGAGCAUAUUCACCAAGACCACAUUAUUGUUAUGUUAACUAUGUUAAUAUCUUUUUUUUUUCUUUUAGUUUUCAGGAACAAUGCGUAUAUGUGAAGUUUAGAAGAUUCCCAUUAAUCUAAAGACAAAUUUAAUCACAUGGGCAGGGAGGGAGGGAGUGUGAGUCAAGGCCCCAGUGCUGAGGAUAUAUUUUGUUUCUUGAUUGCUGGACUGAGGUUCCCUGAUUGCUUCUGAGAUCUAAAGAUGUCUUGGGCAAACCCUGUCUCUCCUCUAGUUCCUGGUAUGUUAAUUUGGAAAACAGCACUUAACUACCUCACAUAAUAUAGAUUAGCCCAUUUUCAUUGCUUCUCCUUUGUGUCUAAAUUAACUCCUGCUUAUACAAAAUAGGGCAAGGUGUUUAUUGCAAUUAAAAUAUUUAAAAAACUGUACAGAUAGGAAGUCCAUACUUUAUGUAAAUUUUGACAGAAAAAUGGACGUGUUCCUCUUUCUCCUUAGUGUUUUUUUUUUUGAAUGGGCUGCUUUGGAGGGGGAGAGGAGAAGGCCAAAUCAUCAUCAUUAUGAUAUUAAAUUGCAUAUGCAAUAGGUUAUUAUUAAUGCAGAUACUUUGUGUUAGAUGUCUUCAUGUUUGCCAAAAACAAUUCUGAACAUUUCAAUUUAUUUCUAACAAGAUAUAAAUAACCAGUAUAAACUGACCAUAAGAUAAAAUACUUGGUUCACUUUCUUUUCUUAACUUGAUGUCUGCCAAUUCUACGCAUUAUGAGGACACCAGAAGCUCACCACCUGGGCUUGGUGCAUGCCACGGGAAAGCUAGUGAAAGCCUUGAAAAUGGCCAGGUAUUUUGCAAAGUAUGUAUGCAUAACAGGUUGUGUGUAUAUGUGUGUGUGUGUGUGUGUGUGUGUGUGUGUGCAUGCACGCGCAUGCGCGCCCACGCCAUGGUGGCUCCCUUAUCCUAGUAUUUCCUUUCAUUCUCUGCUCACAUAAUGGAUCCUCUAACAGUUCAGCAUAGGUAUAAGCCCCUGCUGAGACACUUUCCACUGGGCCCAUUUGGGAAUAAUUGAUAAUUAUCUUUAAGACAUUAUAAGUGUUAAUGAUAUUUUUCGCUACUAAAUGCUUAACUUUAUUAUAAAAACUUCCAAAGUUUUCUGCUUAAGAUUGUAAACUGUUUUCCUAAACCAUGUGUUAGAUGAAAAUGUAUUUUAGCACAAAUUAACCUUAGACUGAAUGUGUGCUUGCUGGAAGAAUUCUAGAUGGACACAAAUCCCUCUAGGGCAGGUCGCCAUGUGGAAUACUUAGGAGAAGCACAAGCUGAGCCAAAGGAGGACUGUUGUUUUCCACAAGCUAAGCAGAGGAGUGGGAAUUUGGGAAUUCUGACACGUGUCACCAUCUCUGAUUUCCUUUUGCAUGAUCUUUUCAUGCAAGAGCAAAACACUUAGCUCUUCAUCAAUGUCUGCUCCACACCAGUGAAAUGGAAGAGUAAAGGAACCCCUCAACUAUCAGGGAAAGAGCAGGAAGCCUCCGUUAAGGAAUAAAACUUUUGUCUUACCUUUGCUGUAGCUGAACCACUGUUGAAAGCUUGAAGAACGGUUUCCCCAGCAAAGAUCCAGUCAUAUACAAAGCAGAGCACUAACGGAGCUAUCAGUUUGAUGAAAAGAACUCCUCCCAAAGAGCUUCUUUCCAAAAGGCCAUUGUCAAAGAGGUUUCAAUGGCAUGUUGUCAUUUACAAGUCUUAGGCUAAACUGUCAUUUGCACUGCACAACUGAGGAAUGAAAUUUUCUGAGAACUAGUACGUUCUUGUUAACCUAGCAACGUAAUAUUCAAUAAGACUGUCACCUUAUUUGCAAACAAUAAAAUGCAGUUAGCAAUAAAAGUGCAUGGUAAAUAACCAUUUAAAAAACUUGCAAGAUACUGUGGUGUUUUACAGAUGUAGUCUUUAUAAUUGAAUUACAUAUACUAUCUUUUUUGGGUUGUGGAUAAAGGGGAAUUUAUUUGGUAAAUAGGGCUCCAUUUUCACCAGUGCAAUGGUUUAAGGGUACUUGUUCACAUUUGCAUGAUCUGAAGUCCCAUUUACUUUAUUAUUAUUUGUUAAGAUGGAGUCUUGCUCUGUUGCCCAGGCUUGGGUGCAAUGGGGUGAUCUCAGCUCACUGCAACCUCCGCUUCCCAGGUUUAAGUGAUUCUCAUGCCUCAGCUUCCUGAAUAGCUGGGAUUACAGGCACCUGCCACCAUGCCCGGCUAAUUUUUACAUUUUUAGUAGAGAUGGGGGUUUCACCAUCACCAUGGUGGCCAGCCUGGUCUUGAACUCCUGACCUCAGGUGAUCCACCUAUCUUGGCCUCCCAAAGUGCUGGGAUUACAGGGGUGAGUAUCAUUGCACCAGGCCCCAUUUACUUUAUAUAAUAAAACUAGUGCAGGCUUUAUCUGAUUUCAUUCCCAUCUUCUGUUUUUUCUUCUAUAUUAUCUAGUCACCACGGGUUGGCUCCUCCCCACUUUCUUUCUUUUUUUUUUUUUUUCUCUUUUUUGGUCACAGUAAAUUGUAAUGUGAUUGAACAACUCUGACUUAAUAUUACCUCUAACAAAGAUAGAAACUGCACAAAUAUUCUUUGUACACUCUAAAAGCAGGUUGGCUGAAGUAUGAUACCUGAACUAACUAUUCAUUUGUAUGUGUUUAUUAUUAUUAUUUUUUAUAAACUUGACUUCCAUUUUAUGAUUUUUUGGUAGCUUUAUGUUAUUUCUGUUUUCAACAAUGGGAACUUUGACAUCUUUCUGUCCCUGACUUGAAUGUUCAUUUUGCAAAGGGAAGAAAACACAAAGUUUAUUCCGUAAUGGAAGAGCUAAUGUAGAAUAACUAUUAAAUUGAGGUGUUUUAGCAAAAACAAACCAACCAACCAAAAUAACAACAACCCAAGGGUUGUUAUUUUUUCCUAAAACGUUUCUAACAAUUCCCAGUAGGAAUGGGUGGGGCCAGCCUUCCUCCUUUACAAUCCAGCUGCCGUGAGUCAAGAGCCUAGCAUGUUCUAUUCCCAAUUGUGUAAUAAAUGCAGAAAAAAUGAUGUGAAGCUCACAGUCCUCAAAUCCAUUGCAUUGUAUUUCACAAAGGAUAUCCUGGCAGAAGGUGGGAGGGUACCAUGAUUAAAGAAUUGUCUGGAAAUUUCCUGAGUCAUGCAUUUUGUAAAACCUUACACUACUCCUAUGAGUUAAUAAGAGACAGGUUAAAUCACUGUCCUUGGGAUAGUAAGACUGGUGGAAAACACUGCCCUUAGCCCGCACAGUUAUAGCUACAGCCUAGGUUAAAUGAUUCCUCAUCCUUGUUGUUUUUUUCCUCACAUUUAAUUACUUCUUUAAAGAUUAAGAUUAUAUAUAGAAAAAGUAAUUCUGGUGUCAGAGAAUACAGGUAUAGUUUUUUAUAUAUCAGGACUAUGUGAUGAUACUUAAGCAAUAGUGUCCAUACCAUAAUAUAUGUUUAAUAUGGAGUAUGGAUAAUAAAGGACUUUUCUUUUUCAUCUUGUUUAUAAUGAAAUUUUAUUCAGAGUUUGGAUCAAAUAAAUUCAUGUUAACUGUACUAUUUUAUUGAAAUGUUCCAGUCUGCAUAUUGGAUAAUUAGAAAUAAACGUUUUAAAGUAUUUAUGAAUAAAUAAGGAUCUUUUCCUAUGUAUAAAACUGUACUAUUUUCAUUAGAAAUAAACAUCACUUUCAAGAA